CCGGGGCUGACAGCGCCUCUGGCCCCGCGGGAAGCCCCGGGGUGAUUCUCGCCUCUCUCCAGGAGCUCGGCUUUGGGGUUCUCCUCGGCUUGGUCUUUCUCCCUGCAGAGGAUUCCCUUUGGUGGGGUCAGAACAGGAAUGACAUGGUUUAGAACAACUUAUUGCUGGUGCUUUGCUAGGAUGAAAAGCUUGGUCCGAGAACCCCUAAGCCCCAGUGUGCGGUCCUGUCACCUCCGCCCCCGCAGAGGGCAGCCCGGCCCGACCUGCCUUCUGCUGGCCCCUCUCUAUGCUCUGUACCCAGCCGGCCAGGAUCAUUGCCAGGGAGGGGGCCACGGCCCGGUGGCAGCCAGAGCUGGGAAGACCCAGCACAUGGGCCAGCCCCAGGGUCCCUGGGCCAUGGAGCUGCGAGAGUGGGUGCCACCCAUUGUCCCAAGGAGAGGACACACAGCUGUCACCAAGGCUAACCCACAGGCCAUUUGCUGUGCUGGGGCAGACCCCGCCCAGCGUGGUGUGGGGGCCCUCAAACAGCGCCGACCACAGCUGCACCAGGGGGUGGUGCCGUGCUGUGCUGGGUCUUUCGAAUGUGCACCCCUUGACGCAGCUCGCGCAGUAAUUGGCCCUAAAGACAGGAUCCUACAGCACCUGAAGCAGCAGCGGGACAAGCUGAAGCAGUACCAGAGGAGGGUCUCCCAGCAGCUGGAGCGGGAGCGGGAGAUCGCCCGGCAGCUCCUGCGGGAGGGCAGGAAGGAACGGGCCAAACUGCUGCUCAAGAAAAAGCGGUACCGGGAGCAGCUUCUGGACAAGACAGAAAACCAGAUCACCAGCCUGGAGGCCAUGGUCCAGAGUAUCGAGUUCACCCAGAUUGAAAUGAAGGUGAUGGAGGGACUGCAGCUGGGAAACGAGUGUCUGAAUAAGAUGCACCAGGUGAUGUCCCUGGAGGAAGUGGAGCGGAUACUGGACGAGACCCAGGAGGCCGUGGAGUACCAGCGGCAAAUAGACGAGCUGUUGGCAGGAAGCCUCACCCAGGAGGAUGAGGACGCCAUCCUGGAGGAGCUGAACACAAUCGCCCAGGAGCAAGUACAGCUGCCGGACGUCCCUUCAGAGCCCCUUCCGGAGAAGAAGCCAGACAAAGUCCCCGUCAAGGCCAGGCCCAGACAGGCGGACCCAGUAGCAGCCUCGUAACCCUACCCCCUCGCAUGGGACGGGCCAGGGCUCCCCAGGGACCAGCCACAGAGAGCGUGGGUGUGGCCAGCCCUGCCCGGGCUCCCAAGUGGCCUGUGCCAGCCCAGGUGCCUGUGGAACAGCACCGCGCGUGGGGUCUGCUGUCGGGACAACUCAGAGCAUUUCCCGGGCACUGCCAUGCUCUCAUUUCUGGACCAGAAGGCAGCAUUCAGACCCUUCAGCCAAACAGCUUCUGAAGCUGUGCUCCCACAGGGCUGCAGCCAGGCCCUGUGGGCCUGGUGCCAGCCACACUCCCAGCCCGGACCGGCAGGGCUGCACGGGCCACCUUCAGCUCAGCUUCCUCUCCUGUGGCACUUCAGGCCCAGGGUCCCCUCGCUUCCCUCGUACACUUCUGCUCCCGUCAGCUGGCAGGGGCUUCGGUUAAAGGGCCCGGCUUGGCCUGGCCUCCUGACGUGCCCAGUUUCCACGUACAUUCAGGGGUGGCAACCUCUGCUGCUGUGUUCGCUUCUGGGAGUGGUGGGCCAGGAGGGGCGCAUCCUCCUGGGUUGACGACUACAGGAGCCCUGACCACCCCUCAUCACUUGUGGGUCCCAUACAGGGAGGCUCGGCCCUGCUGAGGAGGGGCUUCCGGGACAGCCAGCAGGCCCCGUUCAGCCGUGGGACACUCUCCAGCUGGGCUUGAGCUGUCAGAGACUCAGGACUCCCCUGGCCUGCCAGCUCUGAGCCGCCAGCACAAGGCAGAGGCUGCAGAGGCUGGGCAUGGCAUCUGUGGUGCACGGUUCCUUCUGGACUUAGUCUCGCUGGGACCUCACUCCCAGCAGGAGCACAGGGGCCCUCCUGGCCUCCAGGCUGUCGGCCAUAUAUUAAAGUCAACGCCAUUCCUC